AAAUAUUGAAUAGUGAGCGUAGUUUGAUCGAAUGAGGCAAAGAAAGGCACGAUAAAUAAUACAAAGACUAAUAUUUAAUGAACCUGAAUAUAUUAUUAUUUGUGCGUACUUACAUUGCUAUAUAUUAUAAUACAUUGAACAAAAAUAAACCAGUGAGCCUAUCCGGUUAGUAGGCGUCAGUUACAUUAGUGGUAAUUGGGUCGGCACAGGUAGCUGACGAGUCGAGCCAGCAGUCGGGUGAGGGCUGCGAGGAGCGCGAGGAACUCGGAAGCGACAAUCUGGCCGUGAUGGAUCUGCGCCUCAAGUCGGAGAACAUCGCCAGAGACACACAGACACAGCAGGUUGGCUUCGUAAGCGGCUACGAUUCCAUAAAACUAUCACCGACUACCUCGUCAAGCCAACCGUCUUCCCCGAUCGCCUCUUUCCAUCAACAGCUGCAGGCGAUACAGAACCAGGUGCAAACUGACAAAAUGGUUGAAUCUGUGACUGCUGCCAUCUUCAACUCUGACAGCGGAGGGCAAAUUUACGUUGAUCAACCAAUAUUACCUAUGAAUCCAAUGAAUCAAAUGCAACAGCUUAUUUCGAGUAAGGCACAGAUGGAUCCAUUAGAAACGGACAUGAAAGUCCUUAGCUCAGAACUUUUGAUGUCAAGCACAGCAAUGCAGGCAUCAGUACUGCAAGCAACAAACGAACAGCGGCUCAUGGCUUACAACGAAGUGCAUCAGAAUAGAGAAGACAGUUACAACCCAUUCAGAGCUAUGACCAAAAUGGAAGCGUCACAGUUCGAGCAACGGCUGGCGCAACAGAGUGCGCAAAUGGAGGCCCUGGUGGAAGACGCUAUGAAAGCCACUGCAGCAAUACUUCCGUCCGACGCGGCUAAACUAGAUGAACUCGUAAAUUCGACAGUGGACGACCAUCUGUCUGGUUCAGCGACGUCUCCGUCGGCGGCGUCACACGCUUCAGACGUCAUACUGAGUCCCAACGCAGCAGUCGUGCAACGUAAUUCCGCCACAGAAAUGCUUGCACCUAUGCCAUCUUCCGCCAUUUCCCCUGAUGUUAUUCUCAAUCCCCAAGUAUCACCAAGUCUUCUUUGCGAGAACAACCAACGAAUCGUCCUCCCCACCGGUCCUUCUCAGGAAGAACUUAUGAUGAUUUCUGAUAUUCCUACAUCUGUAAAGACACCUCCAGCUGCCGUUAAGUCUAUGAUUUUGAAUGCAGCCGCCGAGAUUCUGACUUCCGACACGACAAUGAAUGCGUUAGUGACGUCUGCUAUAAACACCGCCAAUAUCUUGUCCACGGAGAGCGCCGGAGGCAACGGGGCCAUGCAGACGACCGACGCGCAGCCGACUGACGAUGCGACGUCGGAGACUCCUCUGUCCCAAGCAGUCAGCCAGGCCGUGACUCAAGCCGUCAGCCAGGCCGUGAGCCAGGCAGUCAGCCAAGCGGUCACCCAGGAGAUGACCGGCCCUGUCCAAGGGCUGACUGAUAUGAGUGAUCAGGACCUGCUCUCUUACAUCAACCCCAGCACCUUCGACCAGGUAUGGGGUGAGAGUAAGUAUUAAACCGCCAUAUUUUGCAGUGUAAGUGUGACGACGUGGGAACGAGAGAGUGCGCGCCGUGGCUCAGUGCAUUUCAUUCGUUUAGUGAACUUCCACGGGCUCAAAGCAGUUUUUAUGUGAAUUUUUAAUUAGCCCUGACACUAUAAUUUCUUAGUGAGUGAUUGAAUGUACUGAAACGUUAUGAUUCUCAUAUUUUUAAUUAUAUGUUUGUGCGUUUGCGUUUCAAUUAUACGUGAGACAGUAUUACAGGGCUAACAAAUGUUAAAGAUACGUUAUUGUAAGGCCGCGUCCGCGCACGUGCCAUGCCAGUGCGGACUGCUUCGUGCGCCGUUAUAGAGUAUAAUAGUCUAUGGUGGAUGACAGUUGACACAGGUAAUUAGAUACGAUUGACAGACAUGGUUCUGUUGCGUCGGUGUUGCUAUAUUAUAAUAUUGUUACUAGUAAAUCUUAUUAUAGUAGGUAUGUUAGAUAAUGAGAUGUGUAUUUUGAUAAGAACAGCUAACAUUUCGAAUUUUGUGUAAAUAUUGAAUAGCUUUGUUUUUAUGUUAUUUGUUGUAACGAAUGGUGUAGUGUGCUAGUUAGUCGGUAAUUAAUGUUUUUGAAUUUUCCGUUCUAACAUAUCUUAGCCUUAUUAUACUCGUCUCCAACAAAUUUGUAGUCAAAUUCAAUUAUUUACAUUGUUAAUUUAUAAAACAGCGUAGAUGUAGAUAGAUGCAUUUUUACAUUGAUUUUUAGUUUUAUUAAGUUAAUAAUUACAAUGUAUAGUGAGAGAGGUAUAAGAUGAAAAUCCCACUAUCAGAGUGUUGUAUUGACUUUGAAGUAUAGGUAGUUUUGAACCCCGUGUAGGUAUGAAACUCGUAAGUACGUGCUGACUGCGGCGGCCUCUACAGAGUAAGCCAGCCAGUCGGGACUCACUAGCGAGCAGCGACGCACGCGCGAUUUGUUGACACCUACUUCACAGUUCCGACCGUGAUUUAAAUAUUUAGAAACAUAAAUAAAGCAACGCAUAUUAAAGGUUAUUGCGAUCUAAAUUUAAUUUUUUAAGCUUUCUUAAUAAAUCGAGUAGUUGUGGUUUCAGAGCCGUCUUCAGACAGAUUUUGAAGUUGACCUCCAUUUUAGAAGGAGCCCAUUUGAAAAGGACUCUACAUACAUAAGAAAGAGUCGUUAUGAGCAUGCAAGAGCGUAGAACAAGAGUAGUGAUCAUUAGUAAAUACCACACAAUGUUGAGUAUUGCUGAUAAAGUAGAGAGCCCGGGUUCCAGAUGUUGACCAAAGAGAAUUUAAACACUAAUGUUAACUGUGGAUUGAGAACAUCAAAACUGAUGAAAAUUUCACAGACAAUAACUCAGUCAUUCGAUUUAUGAAUGAAUGGGGUUGAAACCUUACAGGGCAGCUGAUAUAACAACACAGUUUGAAAGGUUAUCUUGACCAUCCCAUACUUAGGUACUGAAUGACCAAUAUACUACACUUAUUUAUUAAUUAUAAUUUAGUAAAUCUUCGUAUAUAACAUCUGAUAUUUUCAAAUCAUUUUCCAUGCCCUUUCAGAAUUUAUAUGAAAAUUAAUGUUUUUCUUACACGCCUUUUAUAUAAACUUAACUUAUAACCGUCUAUGUAACGGGAUCCUUGGAUACGAUUUUCAAUCCACUUUAAAACUACGGAUUGAUGUGAAACAUUGCAAACUUAUCAAGGACCGAUGACAAUUCAGUAAUUUUUCUAUUUUCCCAUGUCCUAUUUUACUGACUG